AUGGGCCGGCCAUUCUACGAUGAUCCGGUCGAGAUGUGGUUGUGGUCUUCGAUGGAGCCGACCCGGCAGGUGGUCCGGCUAGCGGCAUCCGUGCCGGCGCCGACCCGGCCCACCACGACCACCACGGUGGAAUCGCUCAGCCUGGGCCGGCCGACCUGGGCCGGGGCCGACCACCCGCCGUACGGCUACAUCCCGUACAUGCAGCGGUUCAACAUUUCCAUCUACAUCGACCCGACCAUCGGCGCAGGGCAGGGCAGCAGUGUUGACUCGAGCAUCGGCGACGAGCCGGACGGGGACGGCGAGCAGCGGCUGGCCCUCCACAACUACUGGGCGCUGCUGGCAAUUAUUCUGGUAUUCGGUACGGCCGCCGGCAACAUUCUCGUCUGCCUUGCCAUCGUCUGGGAGCGGCGGCUACAGAACGUGACCAACUACUUUCUGAUGUCGCUAGCCAUCACCGACCUGAUGGUGGCCCUAUCGGUAAUGCCGCUCGGGAUCCUGACGCUGGUCAAAGGCCACUUCCCGUUGCAGUCGGAGUACUGUCUGGUGUGGAUCUGCCUGGACGUGCUGUUCUGUACUGCCAGCAUCAUGCACCUGUGCACCAUAUCCGUCGAUCGCUACCUUUCGCUGCGCUACCCGAUGAAGUUUGGUCGCAACAAAACCCGGCGCCGGGUCGUCCUGAAGAUCAGCUUCGUGUGGCUGCUAUCGAUCGCGAUGAGCCUGCCCCUCAGUCUGAUGUACUCGAAGAACCACGCGUCGGUGCUCGUGAACGGGACGUGCCAGAUUCCGGAUCCGGUGUACAAGCUGGUCGGGUCCAUCGUCUGCUUCUACAUACCGCUCUGCGUGAUGCUGAUCACCUACACGCUGACCGUGCGCCUGCUGGCCCAGCAGAGUGAAAACCUGGGCGGUGUCGGCAGUGGCGGCGGCUGGUCCAGCGGAUGGCUAGGGCAGGCCCCUGCCUUCGAUCGGCGGAACACCUGGAAGCGAAUCAUCAAGCUGAGCCUGCCGUCGGGACCGAACCAGCACGCGCACUCGGCGGCAUCGACCGACACGGAGUUGUCCACGUUGGACAAUCACGACCUGUGGUUGCUCGAGUCGAGCAUACCCGAGCCGAGCUCCAUUACCAUGACUGCCAUGCAGCGGUUCGGCGAAGAGAUGCUGAAACUUUCCCAGGGCCUGGAGUCGGUGGCACAGCACGGCGAUGCGCACCGUGCUGCGUUGGGGAACAAUAAUUCCGAUUCGUAUUGCCGGAAGGGGCUCUUCCGGAAGAAAGCAGCACCCCGCAAGGGUUCGCCGGAGGAAAGUUCACCCGGGUCACCGCGGACGAUGGCGAAGAAGCGGCGCAGCUCGACGUCGGCCUGGCUCCGGCGGCGGAACUCGGGCACACCGCCGCCGCCGGGACGGCUGGCCCGGAAGCGCUUCAAGAGCCUCCCGCACGCCAUACCGCCCCCGGAAGCGGACGAAAUCGAGGUGGACGAGCGGUUCGUGCAGGAGCUGCUGACGGCGGGGAUGCGUGGUGGCCGACCGGCGGACGACAACGCGGACAGCGGGGACAGCGAGGGUGCGCCGGCCACCACCGGCCUCCGGUUGCCGCCGCCCUGCAAGUGCCCGUUCUUCGGCGAGGGCGCCACCAACCGGCAGCAGUACCUGCGGCCGGCGGAAAUUAAAAUCGUCAAAACGACGUCCGACUACAGCGCGGCGGGGGUCGCGUCGGCCGCGGCCGGCGACAGCCUCGUCUACAGCACCAUCUCCAUCUCGUCCGGCUCGAACGUCGCGUCGCAGACGGCGUCGCGCUCCAUCUCCAGCAGCCUGUCGACGCUGCCGGCCUCGGCCCUGGUCUCGCCCAGCCGGAAGUGUAGUGGCGGCAGCGCGGCGAAGGGCAUGUCGGUGGUGACCUGGGACCAGCGACGUCACCAGCGGCGCGGUUCCAGCUUCGGCGGCGCCCGCACCUCGCUGCUGCUGACCCCGACGAAGUCGAGCGUCUCGCUGCGGCGCUCCAUCAACCUGCGUCACUCGUCCACCCAGCCCGGUGGCGGCGGCGUCAGCAAUGGCGGCACGGACGCGGCCAGCGGCCCGUUGCGCUGUGGGCCGCCCAAGAAGAACAGUUCCUCGCCCUGCCUGAUCCAGCACCAGACGGGGACCCUCGGGGGUGGAGGCGGCCCGGUGACCGGGGGGACGCCGGUGGUGCGGGCGCACCACUCGCGCAACUCCAGCAUGAUCUCACGCAACUCGUCGCGCCACGGACGCAUCAUCCGGCUGGAGCAGAAGGCGACCAAGGUGCUGGGCGUGGUGUUCUUCACGUUCGUCGUCCUGUGGGCCCCGUUCUUCGUGCUCAACCUGCUGCCGAGCGUGUGCGCCGACUGCGAGGCCAACAUCGACCAGUGGGUGUUCGAGUUCGUCACCUGGCUCGGCUACGCCAGCAGCCUCGUCAACCCGAUCUUCUACACCAUCUUCAACAAGGCGUUCCGGGACGCGUUCCGGAAGGUGCUGCUGUGCCGCUACGGCCUCAAGGCGCGCUCCUGGCAGCCGGCCAGCUAG